GCGGCGUCGGUGCGGCGGAGCCCGGGGCCGGCCCUGGCGCGCCUCGAGGGCCGCGAGUUCGAGUUUCUCAUGCGGCAGCCCACCGUCACCAUCGGCCGCAACUCGUCGCAGGGCUCCGUGGACCUCAGUAUAGGCCUGUCGAGCUUCGUGUCGCGGCGCCACCUGCAGCUCACCUUCCAGGAGCCUCAUUUCUACCUGCGCUGCCUUGGGAAGAACGGCGUCUUCGUGGACGGGGCCUUCCAGCGGCGCGGCGCGCCCGCCCUGCAGCUGCCCCCGCAGUGCACCUUCCGGUUCCCCAGCACGGCCAUAAAGAUCCAGUUCACGUCGCUGUUUCACAAGGAGGAAGCGCCAGCGUCCCCGCUGCGGCCGCUGUACCCUCAGAUGUCCCCGCUGAAGAUCCACAUCCCGGAGCCGGACCUCCGGGGCAUGGUCAGCCCCGUGCCCUCCCCGACGGGCACCAUCAGUGUUCCCAACUCCUGCCCGGCCAGCCCGCGUGGCGCCGGCUCCUCCAGCUACCGCUUCGUCCAGAACGUGACCUCGGACCUGCAGCUGGCCGCGGAGUUCGCUGCCAAGGCCGCGUCAGAGCAGCAGGCAGACGCAUCUGGAGGGGAUAGCCCAAAGGAUGAGUCAAAGCCCCCCUACUCGUACGCUCAGCUCAUUGUGCAGGCCAUCUCCUCGGCCCAGGACAGACAGCUGACACUGAGCGGGAUUUACGCCCACAUCACCAAGCACUACCCCUACUACCGGACCGCCGACAAGGGCUGGCAGAAUUCCAUUCGACACAACCUGUCUCUAAACCGCUACUUCAUCAAGGUCCCACGUUCCCAGGAGGAGCCUGGGAAAGGCUCUUUUUGGCGAAUAGACCCCGCCUCAGAAGCCAAACUAGUGGAGCAGGCGUUCCGGAAACGGAGGCAGAGAGGCGUCUCCUGCUUCCGGACCCCGUUUGGGCCCCUGUCAUCCAGGAGUGCGCCUGCCUCACCCACCCACCCUGGGCUCAUGUCACCACGCCCCAGUGGCCUGCAGACACCAGAGUGCCUGUCCCGGGAGGGUUCGCCCAUUCCACACGACCCAGAUUUCGGGUCAAAGUUAGCAUCCGUUCCUGAGUACCGGUACUCCCAAAGCGCACCUGGCUCGCCAGUCAGCGCCCAGCCGGUCAUCAUGACGGUCCCGCCCCGGCCGUCCAGCCUCGUGGCCAAGCCUGUGGCUUACAUGCCAGCCUCCAUCAUGGCCUCCCAGCAGACCUCAGGCCACGCAAUCCACGUGGUGCAGCAGGCACCCACCGUCACCAUGGUCAGGGUCGUCACCACAUCUGCCAGCUCUGCCAACGGCUAUAUCCUGGCCAGCCAGGGCAUGGCUGGCAGCGCCCACGAUGCGCCGGGCACGGCUGUGCUGGACCUCGGCAGCGAGGCCAGAGGCCUGGAGGAGAAGCCCACCAUUGCCUUCACCACCAUCCCCACUGCCAGCCGUGUCAUCCAGACGGUGGCCAGCCAGAUGGCCCCAGGUGUCCCUGGACACACGGUGGCUAUUCUGCAGCCGGCCACCCCAGUGACCCUCGGGCAGCACCAGUUGCCGGUGCGGGCCGUCACCCAGAAUGGGAAGCACACCACGCCCCCCAGUGGCCUGGCUGGCAGCACUUACGCCCUCACCAGCCCCUUGCAGCUCCUCGCCGCCCAGGCCAGCUCGUCUACUCCCGUGGUGGUGACACGUGUGUGCGAGGUGGGGCCCGAGGAGCCGCCGGCCGUGGUCACAGCGGCCACCACCCCCACCCCCACCGCCUCUGCUGCUGUGCCGUCCUCCACCGGGGAGCCCGAGGUCAAGCGGUCCCGGGUGGAGGAGCCCGGUGGGCCCGCGGUUGGACAGGCCAGCGUGAUCGCAGCCGCCGGCCCCCAGGGCCCUGGCUCUGGGGACUGA